UUAACUACCAUUCAUUGUUUUACACACGAUCUAGUAUAAUGAAUUUAGAUACUUGCAGAUGAAGCAGGAGCUUUAAUCAUUUAUAAGAAGUGAAUGAAUUUGUGUAGCUUUAUUUAAGAUACUGAAUGUGAUGCCGUUACACCCUUUAUCGGCAACGUGGUGACUCACACUGUAAAAUUAGAUGGCCAGAUGUUCUUAGCCAACUGCAUGAAGUCGAAUGGACAUAUUUGGACGAUGAUACAGCGAAGAGUUGACGGAUCUGUAAACUUCUACAGAGGUUGGGAAGAAUAUAAAAAAGGAUUUGGUGACCCCAACUCAGAGUUUUGGAUAGGGCUAGACAACAUCCGGAAACUGGUUAACAAUGGUUACACAGUUCUUCGUGUGGAGUUGGAGGAUUUACAGGAGUCGGCUUAUGCAGAGUAUGACAGUUUCUAUAUAGCAGGAGAAGAAGACAGAUACCGGAUAUACGUAUCUGGAUACAAAGGAAAUGCUGGUGAUGGAAUUUCAUGUUCAAGUGUACUCUGCCACAAUAAUGCGCAAUUCACCACUUUUGAUGAGGAUAACGACAACAACUAUUUUUCAAACGAAGCUAGACGAUGGAGAGGAGCGUGGUGGUAUCACGAAGGGCAUAUGUCCAACCUGAAUGGAGAGUAUGGUAACAACAACCACGGACAAGGCGUGAACUGGUAUCCUUUCAAAAGAUGGUCAACCUCUCUGUCAGCUACCCGGAUGAUACUUCGCCGUGUUCAAAUCGUCUCCACGGACUAUCAGAAUUAAUCUAUUGAAAUAGUACAACAGCAUGAGGCAGUGCCGAAACACUUUAUUGGACAAACAUUUAUUUAGACCGAUUUGACAUUUUUUAUUAUUAUUUUACGUUUUCAUUGUAGAUGUAAUAUACACGUUGUAUGAUUAAAAGUAGCAAUGAAAAUUUGAAUCA